GAGAUACCCACCACAUCGGCGCUCUUGGAACAGUCCUCAUCUCUUUCUAUAUGUGCACGCCCCUUCGCCCUUCUCCUCCCCCCACACCCCCCACUAGAUACUGUCAUGGCGCUAACUCUACGCUCAUCGACCUCAUUUAUGGCCCCUGUGGAUUCCAAGACCCACAGGGCCUCCGACGAGUUACCCGGCAGGCUGGCUUUCGACGUCCGCAAGCCCGCAGGCCGUCUCCGAACUUUGAAGGCCUCGAGGCAGGACGUGAUCGAGCGAGGAACGCUGCUGCAACAUACGGAGCAGGCGGCUGAGCUGCUCCACGGCCCCCCUACAGCUCAUGGAGAUCCAGGAGCGGGCACCUCCCGGGUGCCGGUUUACGUGAUGCUGCCGCUGGACACGGUGUCGCUCGCGGGCGGGCUGACCCGGGCGCGGGCCCUGAACGCGAGUCUCGUGGCGCUGCGCAGUGCCGGAGUGGAGGGCGUCAUGGUGGACGUGUGGUGGGGGUUGGCGGAGAAGGAUGGGCCUCUGCGCUAUAACUGGAAGGCCUAUGCCGAACUGGUGCAGAUGGUGGAGAGGAACGGGCUCAAGCUUCAGAUGGUCAUGUCCUUCCACCAGUGUGGCGGCAACGUCGGAGACAACUGCAGCAUACCGCUACCACCGUGGGUGCAGGAAGAAAGGAGCAGGAACCCGGACAUCGUGUACGCCGACAGAUCAGGGAGGAGGAAUCCAGAGUACAUCUCCUUGGGCUGCGACAUGCUGCCGGUGCUGAGGGGCCGAACUCCCAUCCAAGUCUACUCUGAUUACAUGAGAAGCUUCCGCGACAGAUUCCGCGACCAUCUCGGCAGGGUCAUCGUCGAGAUUCAGGUAGGAAUGGGACCCUGCGGGGAGCUGCGGUAUCCGUCUUACCCGGCGAACAAUGCAACCUGGAGAUUCCCUGGAAUCGGCGAGUUCCAGUGCUACGACAAGUAUAUGAAAGCUUCUCUGCAAGCAGCUGCAGUUUCCGUCGGCCGCGAGGAAUGGGGAAACGGCGGGCCGCACGACGCUGGCCACUACAACCAAUUCCCCGACGACACCGGCUUCUUCCGAAGAGAAGGAACAUGGAACACCGAUUACGGCAAAUUUUUCCUGGAAUGGUACUCGAGCAAGCUAUUAGAGCACGGCGACCACGUCCUCGCUGCUGCUCAUGCGAUCUUCCAUGGCACGGGUGCUAAAUUAUCAGGGAAGGUUGCGGGGAUCCAUUGGCACUACCGAACUCGAUCCCAUGCGGCGGAGCUGACCGCAGGGUAUUACAACACACGACACAGAGACGGAUACCUUCCCGUAGCUAAAAUGAUGGCCAUGAGGGGGGUGAUCCUCAACUUCACCUGCAUGGAGAUGAAAGACGAGCAGCAGCCCGGUCAUGCCGGCUGCUCCCCGGAGCUUCUGGUCCGGCAGGUCAAGCAAGCGACGGCGGCGGCGGGAGCAGAGCUUGCGGGGGAGAACGCGUUGGAGAGGUACGAUGGGUCGGCGUACUCGCAGGUCUUGGCGACGAGCAGGGGCGGCGACGGCAUGGGUUUGACCGCAUUCACGUACUUGAGGAUGACCAAGAAGCUGUUCGAAGGCGAGAAUUGGCGGCAGUUGGUGGCGUUCGUGAAAAGCAUGUCGGAAGGUGGAAGGAGGGUUGUGCUACCUAAGAGUGACACCGCCCGCUCCGACCUCUAUGUUGGCUUCGUCGCCGGUGCCAACAGGAAGCCAAAGGUUGUUGACGCAGCUGUUCGUCGGUGAACGGAGGAACAGAUGUCGAUCCACGUGCAGGUGAGGUGUUCUUGGUACUGCCUAUUGCAUCAGUGUGCCGAGAUAUGAAGCCAAAGGUUUGAGAGAGAAGGCGUUCCCUUGCACAUCUUGCUGUUCGUCUCUGUUCUCUGUUUUGUGACCGAUGAACACAUUCGUCAUCACUUUUUUAUGAUUUUAUUAGGUAUUUUACCGAUGAA